AUGAAGCACCUAGAAACCUUAGAAGGAGCAGAGUUUCGUCUCCGCCUCUUCCAGAUUGAUCUCCUCGACUACGAUUCUCUUAUGGCUACGAUUAAUGGAACCGUCAGUAUAUUCCACCUUGCUUCCCCCUACAUUGUGGAUAAAGUCAAAGACCCUAAGAGAGAGCUUUUGGAUCCGGUGAUCAAAAGGACGAUUAAUGUGCUGAAAGCGGCGAAGGAGUGCGAGGUGAGAUGGGUGGUGGUAACAUCAUCAAUCUUCGCCAUCAUACCAAGUCGGUACUGGCCUGCAGAUGUUGUCAAAGGGGAGAAUUGCUGGACGGAUGUUGACUAUUGCAAGCAUACCGGAGUGAGUUUUCUGAUUACCUUUCUUGUUGUUUCUAGUUGA